AUGCAUGUAUCUAUCUAUCUAUGUCAAUGUGUUCAUAUCUAUCUAUCUAUGUCAAUGUGUUCAUAUCUAUCUAUCUAUCUAUCUAUCUCUCCCAGUCUCCAAAUAUAUAUCGACCUUGUUAGCUAUAUACCUUCCUCAAUCUGUUCAUAUCUAUCUAUCUAUCUAUCUAUCUAUCUAUCUAUCUAUCUAUCUAUCUAUCUAUCUAAAUGUGUUCAUAUCUAUCUAUCUAUCUAUCUAUCUAUCUAUUUAUCUAUCUAUCUAAAUGUGUUCAUAUCUAUCUAUCUAUCUAUCUAUCUAUCUAUCUAUCUAUCUAUGUGUUCAUAUCUAUCUAUCUAUCUAUCUAUCUAUCUAUCUAUCUAUCUAUCUAUCUAUCUAUCUAUCUAUCUAUCCCAGUCUCCAAAUAUCUAUCUACCUUUUGAUUCACUAUCAUUCAUCUAUUAUUUAUCUAUCAUCAUCUAUCUAUCUAUUCAUCUAUCUAUCUAUCUAUCUCAGUGGAUUCACUAUCUAUCUAUCUAUCUAUCUAUCUAUCUAUCUAUCUAUCUAUCUAUCUCAAUCAUUUCACAUCCAUAUAUCUAUCUUCAGUUUAAAAUAAACUGGUCGUUUACUCAAAUAUGGGUAUACACUAAAGAUAACGCUUAA